CUGCCGGGCUGCGAACCACCUGCCGGCCUCUCGUUCAGCCGCGAAGCCAAUGGGAACGUACCAAGGACAAGCCUGAGAUCCUUCUCCGCUCUCGGUCCCAAGCGAAGCGACGGACCAAAAUAUGGUGAUGGAACUGUGGUAGAGAAGAAGAAAGGGAAGGAAAGGCACGACAGCCAACAGCCAUGCAGGCGGUGCGGACGCGGGAGGAGCAGCGCGCGGAGGCGAGCCCCCUCGGGAGCGCGCGGUCGUGGAGCCCCGAGGCGGAGAUCGGCAUGCGCGUGGAGGACAUCUGGGAAAGCCUCGACCAGCCGCAGCUCAGCCGCGGCGACAAGCUCAACAGCUGCUUCGACAGCAUCUCCGUCGCAUCCUUCCCGCGCACCUUCGCCGGCGACCAGCUGGUGGAGAUCCCUUCCGAUGCCACGCUCGCUGAGGCCGUGGACACCCUCUCCAGGAACAGGGUCAUCAGCGCCCCCGUCAGGAACGUCGACGCGCCAGAGGACGCCAGCUGGAUCGACCGGUACAUCGGCAUUGUCGAGUUCGCCGGCAUCGCCGUCUGGCUGCUCCAUCAGUCUGAAGCCGCAGCAAAAGCCGAUGUCAGCGCCGACGAGCUGGCGGCGAAGCUGGGCACCGUCACUCUGGAGAGCGCCGCCGCCGCCACCGUGCGGGAGUCCAAAGCGGCAGAGUCCGAAGGAGCCAUAGCGGAAGCCUUCGAAGCCCUGCCUUCUUCAGACCUCUUCAGCAAAACAAAGGUGAAGGACAUCUCCGGGUCGUUCCGGUGGGCGCCGUUCCUGGCGCUGCAGAGCUCCGACACCUUCCUGACGAUGCUGCUGCUGCUGUCCAAGUACCGGAUGAAGAGCCUCCCCGUCGUCGACAUCGGUGAAGGCACCAUCGGUAACAUCAUCACGCAGGCUGCCGUCGUGCACAUGCUGUCCGAGUGCGUUGGCCUCCACUGGUUCGAGGAGUGGGGAACCAAGACGCUCUCCGAGAUCGGCCUGCCCGUCAUGAGGCUCAGCAGGAUCGUUAAGGUUCGCGAGGACGAGCCUGCUCUCAAGGCCUUCCGGCUGAUGAGGAGAAAAGGGGUUGGAGGCAUACCGGUGGUGGAUGAAACCGGCAAGGCGAUAGGCAGCAUAAUGAUCAAGGAUGUCAGGCAUCUUCUAACAGCAUCGGAGACAAACAGAGACUACAUGACGUUAACAGCAAAGGAAUUCAUCGCAAAUGCAAGGCAGAGUUCAGGCGAAAGGCAGAUGAGCAUCAUAACAUGCGAGAGAGGGGACACUGUCAAGGACAUAAUCUUGAAGCUGGAUACAGAAAAGAGGCAGAGGAUCUAUGUGGUCAAUGAGGAAGGAAACCUGGAUGGAUUGAUCACCCUCAGAGAUAUAAUUGCCAAGUUGGUGUAUGAGCCACCUGGCUAUUUUGGGGAUUUCUUCAAUGGUGUUAUCCCUAUUCCACAAAACAGCAGGGUCUGAAAAGCUUAGUCAAAUCAGGAUAUCGUUUUACCAUUCUCUCUAUUUUGUUCCUUGUCUUUGAUCAUUUUCCUUUCCAUUUCUAGUGUUCUUCAAGUUCAC